AUGCAAGGUAAGGCUGCGUACAAUAGACCCUUGUGGUCGGGCCCUUCCCCAAACCUUGCGCAUAGCGGGAGCUUUAAUGCACCGGGCUGCCCUUUUAAUGUCAUAGCUCCCCUUAAGAAAUAGAGAGUGCACCAGUUUGGUUUCUGGCCAAUUCAUAUUAGAAUUUUACCAUGAAGCUGUAUAAAUACCACAUAAAGCUCAUGAGGUGAGGAUUGCCCAAUACCAUAUAAGGUGACUAAUUUCUCUUCCCACAACCGAUAUGGGACUCUUUAUAUGUUUAGGCAUGUUGCUCGGACUCUUCAGAAAUAUCGAUGAUACUUCAGAAGUGUUGCAUUUUUGGAGGAUCCGGCACUGUUGCGAAAGAAUUUUUUGAUAGUCCAAGCAACAUAGGGAUUCAUGACCUAUUAAGUGCACUAGUAUGAUAUGAUUGUUCCAUAUCUUCCGACUUAGUUUAUUUUUAUUUUUUUGAAAAUGGUAAGAUUAUCUGACUUAGUUUAUUAAUACUUCUAUGUCUAUGUUCCGUGUCUAUAAGUGCAUUGGUCUAAAGCAAGAAAAAGGUUUUCAACUUUUACAUUGAAAAGAACAUUGAGAUUUUUUUUUGAGAUACCCUUAGAGAAAUAGGACAAGAAUAUUCCAAACAUAUCAUCUUAAGGUGCAUGAGUCCAAGCACAGAUGGUUACUGAGAUGGGUGGACUCCUUAUAAUGCUUGGGCAAUCCUCCUCCCUUUGAGCUAGCUUUUGGGGUGUGAGUUAGGCCCAAGAUCUAAUUUUACAUGGUAUCAGAGCAGGACCCAUUUCACCCAAUGUUGGACCUCCGAAAUUAAAAUUGUCCACGCACCAGAUGCUAAGCACUGGGCUUGCGGUGGAGUGUUAAAGAAUGACAAAAAAGUUUCACAUUGGUGGUUAAUGAGAUGAGUGGACUCUUUAUAAGACUUGGACAAUCCUCCUCUUUUUGAGCUAGCUUUUGGGUGUGAGUUAGGCCCAAGACCUAAUUUUACAAAUAUGUAAAACUAUCAUUUUAAUUAGAUUUUAUCUCGAAGAAAUUGAACACCAAGUCAAUCUCCAAAAUGAAAAGAUAUCAUUCAACACAAUCUCACAAAAUCUUCCCUUUUUGUCUUCAAUUACAUCAGAAAAUGACUUGUAAAUUUCAUUAGUGAUCGCCCUCAUUGAUUAUCAACAAAUUCCAUCAUCAAAAAGUAUAAUUUCUUCAGAAUAGAUCAAAGAUCUAAUCUAAUCACGGUUAGUAGAAAAAUAGUACGAAAACUAUUAUUUUUUUUAAUUAGGUUUUAUCUCGAACAAACUGAAGACCAAAUCAAUCUCUUAAAGAACUUAAUGCUACUAUGAAAUGUUCCUAGCUGGCAUAAGCACGUGAAUGACAAAUUUUCUUUUGUGAUGGUGCCACUAAAACGGUGAAUUUUGCCCUUGUUCAAUUCGGGAACAGAAGAAAAAGGAGAGAAAAUAAAGUAGGGAAAGCGAAAGGAAGAAAAAAAUAAAAGCAUUCAAUUGAGGCUUUAGAAUGGUAAACUUACCUCAGUCUCUCUCAGUCGGUGUCGGCGGUUUCAGAGGAGGUAUGUCGUCAUCGUCUUCCAGUGCCAGAGCAUGGGCUCAUAAGGAUCGCAAAAUGCAUUCCGCUGAACAGCUUGUGCUUGAUCUCCGCAACCCUAAUCUUCGUGAAAAUGCUCUUCUAGAACUUUCCAAGAAGAAGGAACUUUUUCCGAAUUUGGCCCCCUUGUUGUGGCACUCGUUUGGUACUAUUGCUGCAUUCCUACAGUGUGUAGCCUCUCAUCCUGACACCAGAAUGUUGCUCCUUGAUGCAAAAAUUCCUUUGUAUUUGUACCCCUUUCUUAAUACAACAAGCAAGUCAACACCUUUUGAAAAUUUGAGACUUACAAGCUUAGGUGUCAUUGGUGCCCUCGUGAAGGUAGAUGACACUGAAGUUAUCAGUUUUCUUGUUUCAACAGAGAUAAUUCCGGAGUGCUUGUGCGCGAUGGAGAUGGGGAGUGAACUAUCAAAAACAGUUGCAACUUUCAUUGUGCAAAAAAUCCUUCUAGAUGAUGUGGGUCUGGAUUACAUAUGUGCCAUAUCGAAAAGGUUUUUUGAAGUAGCCCAAGUUUUAGGUGUUAUGGUCGAUGCACUUGCUGAACAACCUUCAUCAAGAUUGCUGAAACACAUAAUCAGGUGCUAUCUUCGUUUGUCAGACAAUCCAAGGGCAUGUAAUGCACUGAGAAUUUGUCUUCCCAAUCUGCUUAGAGAUAAAACCUUCAGCAGUUGUCUUCGUGAGGAUCCAACGACGAGGAGUUGGCUGGAACAGUUGCUUCAUAACGUUAAUGGGAAUCGGGCUGCUCUACAGGCUGAAGGAUUUAUUCAAAUGCUGUGAACUGAAUUCAUACAAAUGGGACUUCAAUUAAGUCUUUCUAGGAUCUUUUGUUGGAGUAUUUAAUGCGCAUAUAUACUUAAGAAUGCAUUUCUGCACUCAUAUUUAUUUAUGUGAAUUAUUAUGAGGAUUAUUAUUGGGAGAUUAAG